GGUGUUGAUGACUAGCCACCAUCACACACACACAGCAUUCCUUCAUUCGUCACCUCACACAAACACAGCAUUCCUUCACCCGUCACCUUACAUACAUGUACACAACGUGCACUCUGCCGUUAAAAGCCCUCGAGCACUGGAAUCUUAUUUUUGACUAGAGAGAGUGGAAAACAAAAGAGAGAUACUUAAGGACUCGUAAAAGCCCUCGAGCACUGGAAUCUUAUUUUUGACUAGAGAGAGUGGAAAACAAAAGAGAGAUACUUAAGGACUCGUAAAAGCCCUGAAGCACUGAUUGAGAAUGGAGGUAGCGAACAGGCUCCCUCCUAUCUCCAGAACCACCAGCCAUUUUCUACCCCACACACGGCUGAACGGGCUGAAGCUCGGAACCACCCACUGCUCCUUCAGUAGGCUGGGAUCCAAAUCAACCUCCCACGUUACCGACAGGAGCCCCAGUCCCUCCGAGAUGAACGGUGAGCCCUGGGCCAGGCCAAGAUACCAGGACCAAGCUGCAGCUGAACAUUGUAUAGCAUCCCACCAGGAUCAACAACAGCACCCGGACAAACUGUGUCUGGACUCCUUCUGGAGCGAGGUGGAGACCAUACGUAGCCAGGGAAGCGGAUACACUGACCUUGACACUGACAGCGCCAGACGAGACUCCAGACACUCUGAAGAGGGGGAGCAGGAAGAGCGGUGGCUGCAGGAUGCCGGUCUGUCCACUCUGAUCAGACAGCAGCAGCAGAGACCAGACAGAGACAGGGACAGAGACAGAGACAGUGAGGACCAGGAUGUUGACCAGGCCAUACUGCUGUCCACUCUGACCCGUACGCAGGCCGCAGCCGUCCAGAGGAGACUUGACUCCUACACACUCUCCCUGAGGAAGAGGAGAAAACCCGUGCCACGUGACGUCAGGGAAAUCUUCAGCUCAUCAAACUCUUCUAUUGCUCAGACACCUCUACCGGAGUGUCAAGAGCCUGAGCCUACAGAGCCUAAAUCAUCCCUACCGGAGUGUCAAGACCCUGAGCCUACAGAGCCUAAAUCAUCCCUACCGGAGUGUCAAGACCCUGAGCCUACAGAGCCUAAAUCAUCCCUACCGGAGUGUCAAGACCCUGAGCCUACAGAGCCUAAAUCAUCCCUACCGGAGUGUCAAGACCCUGAGCCUACAGAGCCUAAAUCAUCCCUACCGGAGUGUCAAGACCCUGAGCCUACAGAGCCUAAAUCAUCCCUAUCGGAUGACAGUAUGGAGACCAUCAACAAGACACCACUACAAGAGGUCAGCUUGGACCAGCAGAAGAAGCAUGGAGGAGCCCCUAAAGAGGAGAUUUUCAUCACAGACGUGGCCUACUGCGAACAGGCGGCCAUCUUGUUAAAACAGGCUAAGCUGACUCAGAUGAAGAACAGCUGCAAGAGGAAGGAGGAUGGCACACUUCCUAGGGUGAUCUGCCCCCAGUGUCGUCUGGGUGUAACUCGUAUCCAGGACUUGUCCAACCAGGACAUGAAAAAGGUACGUCAGCUGGCCCUGAUCGACAUGACAGCGCUCUGUGACCUGCUGGAGCUCGACGUCAAACGACACAAGACCUGCAAGAGGAAGAUCCCAGAGAGUGCUCUGUUUGGGGUUCCACUGGCCACCCUGUUGGAGAAUGACCAGAAAGUCAAAUCCACUGCUACCACUCCUCUCAUCCUGCAGGCGCUGCUGUGGUUCCUGGAGAAGAGGGGAGUAGACUCAGAGGGUAUUCUGCGGGUUUCAGGCUCUCAGUCCAGAAUCAAGAAGCUGCAGCAGGACCUGGAGCAGAACUUUUACUCUGGAGGGUUCAGCUGGGACGAGGUCAGUCCUAACGAUGUCGCCGCCCUGUUGAAGAAGUUUAUCAGAGAACUACCCUCUCCACUUCUCACCGCGGAGCACCUCAACACCUUCAGUGCUGCCAGGGACAUCCCUGAGCUGAAACAGAAGCUACACGUUCUGAACCUCCUUAUCCUCCUACUGCCUGAACCCAACAGGAACACACUCAAGGCUCUGUUGGAGUUCCUCUCCAAGGUAGUCUCCAGAGAGAGGAGGAACCGUAUGAACCUGUGGGCCGUGUCCACCAUCAUGGCCCCCAACCUGUUCCUGUUCCUCCACAAGGCCGUACCCUCCCGCCUUACUGACGGGGGGCCAGGGGUGGAGAAAGGACAUGCUGAGAAGGCCCCCAACCUGUUACUCCACAAGGCCGUACCCUCCCGCCUCACUGACGGGGGUCCUGGGGAGGAGAAAGGACAUGCUGAGAAGGCUGCUGACAUCAUGAGGCUACUCAUACGCUACCAGGACCUGCUCUGGACCAUCCCUAACUUCCUGAUGAGCCAGGUGCGUAAGCUGAAUGAGAACAGUAACCGAAGGUACCAGUUCUACGACCGCCGCAUCAAGAACCUGCUGAGGAAAAUUCACCAGGAACGCAAGGAUAAACCUGACAAGGACUCCUCCGAGCCAUGUCGUACAGUAAAGAUCCAGAUGGGAGAACUGAUGAGCAGCACCAUGGAGGUCAAGGUCAACAUAAACUCCAGAGCAUCAGACCUGCUGGCUCAGUUCCACAGGCACCUGUACACCUCUGACAGCACCAAGGGCCUGCUCAAAAGGAACGGUUUGGUAAAUGAUUUGGGAUCCUACCCGGACUGUGCCAUGUAUGAAGUGGGAGGAAAUAUUGGUGAGCACUGCCUGGACCCACAGACCCAUCUCCUGGACCUGUACAACAACAACCCCAGUGGAGAGUGGGUCAUCAAACCGAAACCACUGACCACCAGUAGGGGACUGCAGAUAUAAGACAGUCGCAGGAUGAGGGAGAGACCAGCAGGGGGCUUCAAGAGCCAGCCAGAGGAGGAGGGAGACCAGGUGUGGAGGAGAAGAGGAUGCUGCCACCACAAACCACUUCAAGACCGAGCCCUCUCUCUGCCCAUUGCGGGGGAGACCAGACUAGGAGAAGUAAAGCAGCUACUGCUGAUAAACACAAGACCUCCCGACUUCAGGUGAAGGAGUGCCUGAGCUUGUGUCUGAGGCUGCUUCCCGGCUUGUCAGCUAAGCUCUCAGGCUCUCAGCCAAUCACUUCCCAGCAUCCGCAGAAGCCCAGAUGGGAAUCUGAUGCAGCUGCCACCGAGUCUCUCUUUCUUUCUUUCUUUCUGUUUUUCUUUCUUUCUCUCCCACUCUCUCUCUCCGUUCCUUCUGCUCAGGCCAUUUGAUCACAAAGUAAUAAGAGAGGAACAUGCAUCUCUUUUCCUUGUUUGUCUAUUUCUUUAAUGUCACACAGAGGGAAAGUCAGGUACUCUGAUGAACUGAUGUAAGGGACAUGUAAGGGACUCUUAGAUCCCUGUCCCUGGUGGCUCUUGGCCUCUGGUGGCUCCAGAAGAGCACAGGGGACAGAGGGCAUAGUUCUCUCUAAGGGAUCAAAGGUCAACCUCUAAGACAUGAUUAUAGUACCUCUAACGGGAACGGUUGUUUAAGACAGAUAGUGAAGCUGGACUUCAACCUUUCUGUUUGUUUUUUGUUUUUGAAGGAUUUGAUGAAGUAUUGAAUAUCACGAUGGAUUGACUAUUUAUAAUUGAUUGUAUGUAUCUGUAUGUAUGUAGUCAUUAAGGUUCUCCUUUGAAAUGGUUCAAUAUAUGUUUCUGGUAGUAACAUAACAGUCAUGUAAGCUCAUCCACUCUUUUCGGGGACUUUUUUCAGACAGUGUUCUUAUUCUUGUAAAUGUUUUUGAUCAGUUGUACUUUGCUGCGGUUCUGCAUAUUUAUUCUCUAGUCCUAUUACCCAUGUGUCAUCACUCCUUUAGAAUACAUUUCUACAUGUAAUCUAUGGAUAGUGUUUACACGUUUUGAUGAAGCUUGGACAUUGCACCAUCACAUCAAUAUAAAGUAUACACAUAUUCUACAUGACAGCCUAUCAUGAAUUUACAUAUCUACAACCUACCAUGAAUUUACAUAUCUACAACCUACCAUGAAUUUACACGUCUACAACCUACCAUGAAUUUACACAUCUACAACCUACCAUGAAUUUACAUAUCUACAACCUACCAUGAAUUUACACGUCUACAACCUACCAUGAAUUUACACAUCUACAACCUACCAUGAAUUUACACAUCUACAACCUACCAUGAAUUUACACAUCUACAACCUACCAUGAAUUUACACAUCUACAACCUACCAUGAAUUUACACAUCUACAACCUACCAUGAAUUUACACAUCUACAACCUACCAUGAAUUUACACAUCUACAACCUACCAUGAAUUUACACAUCUACAACCUACCAUGAAUUUACACAUCUACAACCUACCAUGAAUUUACACAUCUACAACCUACCAUGAAUUUACACAUCUACAACCUACCAUGAAUUUACACGUCUACAACCUACCAUGAAUUUACAUAUCUACAACCUACCAUGAAUUUACACAUCUACAACCUACCAUGAAUUUACACAUCUACAACCUACCAUGAAUUUACACAUCUACAACCUACCAUGAAUUUACACAUCUACAACCUACCAUGAAUGUAUGUUUAGCUACCAGUCUCCUCAGAAGUGACAACAAGAAUGUAACAAACUGCAUAGAUCUCAUCUCAGUCACAGCAGUCAUUUGGUUCAGUCAUUGGUUCAGUCACUGGUUCAUUCAUUGUUCAGUCAUUGGUUCAGUCAUUGAUUCAGUCAUUGUUCAGUACAGAGUCAGAGCCACAGCCUCCUAUUCUAUUGUGCUGCCAUUUUAGGAGAGAGAACCGAGCAGCAGUGUAAUGACAGCCAGCAUCCAUCACACGGUGUAAUUCCCUGUCUGUCACACGACCGGCUGAUGCAUCGUCACGGUGUAUUGGUUCAUGUAUUGGUUCAUGUAUCGGUUCAUGUAUUGGUUCAUGUAUUGGUUUGUGUAUUGGUUCGUGUAUCGGUUCAUGUAUUGGUUCAUGUAUUGGUUCAUGUAUCGGUUCAUGUAUUGGUUCAUGUAUUGGUUCAUGUAUUGGUUCAUGUAUUGGUUCAUGUAUCGGUUCAUGUAUUGGUUCAUGUAUUGGCUCAUGUAUCGGUUCAUGUAUUCCAUGAACAUUACCACAGAGGAGUCAGUUCUUCUGGUUGAUACAGAGGGUAAUACAUGGGUGUUAUACGGAUGUUAUUAUCUCUGUGUCGUGUGUGUGUGUGUGUGUGUGUGUGUGUGUGUGUGUGUGUGUGUGUGUGUGUGUGUGUGUGUGUGUGUGUGUGUGUGUGUGUGUGUGUGUGUGUGUGUGUGUGUGUGUGUGUGUGUGUGUGUGUGUGUGUGUGUGUGUGUGUGUGUGUGUGUGUGUUUGCUUGCUUCAUUACACAAGCCAAAUUGGGUUGAGUCCUGAGUCCAUGGCACAGUUCAGUACCCCGGCACAAAGCACUGAUGGAACACACACACACACACACACGGCCUUCUGCUGACGUUAAUCAGUGGAACUAGGUCACCUCUAAAGCUCUGUUCUCCCUUAGGGGAAGUAGUGACACUAUACACCCCGGUCCACAGUACAUGAGGAGAUAUUGAUGCAAACACACACGCAAGCACACACGCAAACACACACACACAUAAACACACAUGCAAACACACACGCAAACAGCUGACCAAUAACAUGGGCCACAUGUACAGAAUGUGGAGAACUGACGUAUUGGAAUGUUCAAUGUUCCGUGUCUUCUACACUAGUACGUGAUGUCAUAAACACAUGUGUGUGUCAAGAUCUGAGGACAUGAGGAGUAACGGAAAAUAGAGAAAUCUAUUUUACUGUAAUACCUUGAGUAGACUGAAUGUCUUCAAUGAAUGGACUUUGCUUUGUAAUAAUCCACUCACUAUCAAAUGCUACUUUAAUGCUCUGAAAGACAUUUACCCUACUGUAGGUUACAAUGCUAGUUCUGUAUAUGUGGUUUAGAACCAAAACCCUAUAUGGAAUUACCGCAUGCAGUAGGUGUAUUUGUACUGUUUACAAAAGCAAUUAUUUUCUACUCUUGUCAAGGGAAAGUAAUUUAGGUAAGCCUGGUGCAAAUUUCUUUUGUUAAUAAAUGUGAAAACAAUA